AUGUCUUCAGAGUUCGACAAGUUCAACCAGUGCUUGAAGGCGUCGUUUUGGAAAAAUGUGAAACACAAUCGUAACGCGGAGCGCAAAGCCAACGGCACCACACGCCGGAUCGAUGCAACAUCCGAACCGGAACAGCCGCGGCCCAUCAGUGAGCCCCCCGUGCAAAGUCCCGAGGCGCUGCUGCUGCAGCAGCCAGCUCCGCAGCAGCAAGGGCCGAGGGCCUCCUUCGAGCCAGUUCCCGUCGCGGCCGUGUACAGCGCAAAGUGCGAUCCGCACGACGAAGCAUCGCUGGAAGAGUUGCUGGCGAAAGAUCCGAAAUGCGACGAAUAUGAUGACUAUGUGCCGCCCCGGGCGCCCAAAACGCCUCCGAUACAGGAUUACGAUGAUGACGAUGCUGUGAGGCAUCGUCCGCACACGCCGAUGGAAGUGCCGGAGGGUGAUGACAUCGUCGAAAUAGGCGACUCACCGGAACAUUCCGGUGGACGGCGGGCGGUGGAAAAGAUGCAUCCGAAAGAAACCCACGCCGACGAUCUGCUGCUGGAGAAGCUGUGGAAAUAUUUCGGCCACCGUGACUUUAAAAGUCACCUCCAGAAGGAAGCCAUCGAGACCAUCAUCGCAAGAACGCGCGAUGUGUACGUUUCAAUGCCUACUGGGGCAGGCAAAUCGCUCUGCUUUCAGCUGCCCGGCGUGAUGCAGGACAACAAGGUAACCAUUGUCUUUUCCCCUCUGCUGGCUCUGAUCAAAGACCAGCUGGACAGCCUGGCCCGGAUCAAGAUUCCGGCCGAUUCGAUCAACUCGAAAAUGAGUGCCCGCGAUCGGGAGCGCGUUCUGACCGACCUGAAAAGCGUCAAGACCGAGAUACGCUUUCUGUACAUCACACCCGAGCAGGCACAGACGGCCACUUUUCGGGACAUUAUACAGCAGUUGGUCAAAUUUCGCAAAGUAGCCUACAUCGUCGUGGACGAAGCGCACUGCGUCAGUGAGUGGGGUCACGAUUUUCGGCCCGACUACCUGAAGCUGGGCAAUCUGCGGCUCGAGUAUCCCUCCAUUCCGUGGAUUGCCCUCACGGCGACCGCUUCCAAGCACGUGGUGACGGACAUUUUCAAAAACCUCAAGCUGAAGGAACCGAUCGCCAAGUUCAAAACGUCGUGCUUCCGGCACAACCUCUACUACGACGUAGUGUUCAAGAACUCGAUUCAUGACGACUUUCUGCACCUGAAGGAGUACAUUGAGAGCAUCCUCGGCAAGCAGGAUGAGGUGAAACCGAGCAAACGUGCGUGCGGUAUUAUUUACUGUCGCACGCGUGAAACGACGGAGCGCGUGUCUGCUACCCUGACGAAGCUGGGCCUGCGCACGGUUCCGUACCAUGCGGGGCUGAAGCAGUCCGAGCGGGAGACGGUGCAGGAAGAUUGGAUGGAGGGGAAGUACGUGGCCAUAGCGGCCACCAUCAGCUUCGGCAUGGGCGUCGACAAGGGCUCGGUGCGGUUCAUCGUGCACUGGGACAACCCGCAGAAUGUGGCCGCCUACUACCAGGAAUCGGGCCGGGCGGGUCGCGACGGAAAGAAAUCCUACUGUCGCAUCUACCACUGCCGCGAUCAAUGCAAAUCAAUCGACUUUCUGCUGAAGCAAGAUUUGCAGAAAAGCAAAGACACGCCGAAGGAGGAGGGCGCAAAGCAGGCGAUAAAGAAUUUCGAAAAAAUGAUUCAAUUCUGCGAAACCGUGCGCUGUCGGCAUCGGCUGUUUUCCGACUACUUCGGCGACGAGCCGCCCGACUGUCGGAGCAUGUGUGACGUGUGCAUGAACCCGAAGAAGGCCGAGAAGGCGCUGGAAAAGUUUCAGCAGCUCAGCAUCUCGGGCAAACUGAAAACCAUGACCGCCUACGAUGACGAUCCGUCCGAGCUGUACGGUGGAGGUCGCCGGGGCUACGAGAACGACUACUACGAUGUGCACUACGGCGAGGGCCGCGAGAAACGCAAGCAGGUCGAAUCGGCGCUGCUGAUACAGCGUCAGUUUGCCCUGCGUAAGGCACAAGCGGCGAAGGAUAUGAACAUGCAGCGGACGGCCUCCAUUCAGCGCGUAAAGGUUGCCAUGCAAACGCCCAUCAAGGUGAGCGGUCUGACGAUUUCGACGCGCGAGACGAACGUGACGACGUUGGCCGAUAUGUUGAAGAAAAAUAUGGACUCCUGCAAGGGCUUCGAAGAGCCGGACUACGCCCUCGUGUACAAAGACCUCGAGGACAUCGCCGUGGACAUCGAGUACGAAGCUUUCACCAAAAACACCGUCAAAAGUUUGUACCACCGGACGAUCGUCUUGCAGGUGAACGAGAUUAAAAAUCGGAUACUGGAUAAAAAGCUGUUCCCGCGGUUGAAGGAGCACUGCCCGAAGCAUCGUGCCGCCCACGGCGGUGACUAUCAAACGAUCGAAGCUGAUCUUAAGCGAAAGUACGGCGACAGCGUGGUGGAGGAGCUGCGAUCGGACGGGCACGACAAGAAGCACCAUCAACACCACCGGAGUGAUCGCAAUGGCGAUCGGAAGCAGUCGGGCAAAGCCACCUCCACCAGUUCGCGUGAUCGCGAUGUUCUCAGCCAAUCGUCGAUCAGUUCCUUCUUUAGUUCCACCAAAAACAGCACUUGCACUAGUUCUUCCGGUGUAAGCGCGGGGGGUGCCGUGCCCGGCGUGAUAACGAUCACCGAUGGCGAUAUGUGGGAUGCCGAUUCCAGGGACGAUGAUCACGUCCGCGUGAUAGCUCCACCGGAACCGGCUCCCCUGCCUCCGUGCGAUCCGAUCCAAUCGCCACAGUCGCCACCGGCCUCGCCAUCACCCGAAUCACGCCGUUCCCCCCCGAGGUCCCCGCGCUCUCCACAUUCGCCCAUUUCACCGCCACGAUCACCCCGAUCGCCACGAUCGCCAUCGUCACCGCGUUCCCCAUCGGUCGAGUACAUCUCGAACGAACCGUACCUGGAGGGCGAAACGAGGAAAAACGAGCACCGCCGGGACCUAGCAUCCAACAUCGAACGGAUUGGCGGCUACCGGGAGCGAUCAGGAUCCGGAGGCUCCCGCGGGUACUCGAGUGAGCGAUCGCGAGCCAAGCAAAAGUCAUCCUACAAGCGAUCGCGCGAAAGUAGCCGCUCGUACUCCCGGGAACGCACGCACUCGUACCGAUCGGGCAGUUCCCGUUCGCGCGACUGGGAGGAGGACGAAAUGCGGCGCCGACGGAAACGGCCCUACGAGGAGGACGAGUACGAUCGGCGGGAGUAUGCCGAGCCGAAGCCAAGCAGCAGCAAGCAGUCGCGGGCCUACGACAGGGUGGAAUACGAGGAUACGACCCAACGGCGGGCUACGAGACCACCAAGCCGACGACCGCCGUCCCCGCAGGAAGAGUUCAGCUACAUGGCACCGAAAAAGCGAGUAUCACACUACGGUGACGCAGCCGGGGGUGCCAGUUACGGUAAAGCCGGGCCCGUCGGUGGAAGUUCCAGCUCUGCGUACACCAUUAGUAGUUCCGGCUCUGCGUACACCAUUAGUAGUUCCAGCUCUGCGUAUACCAUUAGUAGUUCCAGCUCUGUGCACACCACUUACGGAACCAAGCUACCCCGGGCGAAAGGCCCGGGCGGCGUUUCGGCGAGCGGCAAUCCCUCCAUGCUGACCAACGACAACAUGUGGGACGACGUACGGGAUCAGAUUUCGCCAAUGUCCCCGCCGAACAAUCGGCUCAAAGAGCAACCACCGCCGGCGUCCCCCACGGCGUCCCCACCGGCGUCCCCACCGGCAUCGCCACCGGCGUCCCCACCGGCAUCGCCACCGGCGUCACCAACGCCGCUGUCACCCUCGCCGGAGCCAGACAAUGGAUAUAUGCACUCCAGCUACGUGCCACCUCCACCUUCCACGUCGCCGCCGUCGUCACAUCACGACAAGCACCAUGCCAAGCGUACCUACGCCGAUCUGCGGACACCGUACGAGGGCGCUUCGCUCGAUCCGCGGCUGGCGUUGACUCCCAAAAGCCCGCCCAACUCUCUCCCCAGUGGCCCAUCGUCAACGUCCUCCUCGUCCUCAUUGUGUGCCAAGCCUUCUACCUCGGCCUCGGCCCAGAUGCAGCUGCUGCACAGUAGCGUGGCCAAAACAUCACUGAGCGCGACGUCAGCCUGCGGCGGCGCCGGCGCCGGGUUGAGUUCUUUCGGAGCAGCCGUAAAACAGAGCAUUAUGAUGGUGGCAAACAGCAGCAGCAGCAACGUCGGUCCGGGGCCGUCGGCCAGUUCGAUGCACAUCUUGCCCUCGGCGGGCCACACUCCCGGUGGGCCAUCGGAUUCGGCCAGCUCGACGCCGUCCGGAUCGCAUUUGGUCGAGAUGGAGAAGAAGAAGAAGAAUUUGGCCAGCUGCGUCAUUCACCUGCUGAUGCCGUACUAUCGCGACUCGAAGAUCAAAUCGAAAGAGCUGUUCAAGGGGUUGGCCCGCAAAAUUUCGCACAAAUUCUUCGAAGCCGAUGUCGUCGCGGAACGUAAAGUGAAAAAGUACAUCGACGACAUGAUGAAACACAAAGGGAUCAUCGCUAGCGAGGCCGACUUUCCCAAAUAGGGGCUAAGGCGAACGCGUGCGCACCCAGAUUCUGCUCGGGCCCGCAAAAACGGAAGGGAGCGGAAGGGGCACGCGUGAAGCGCGUGCGCUUGUGUGUGCUUCUUUGAAUUACGUUUUAGGAUUAGAGUGUUUCUGUAAAUAUAAAACAAGAGAAGUGAACUAACAACAUUACACAUAGAGCUGGCUGUCGCGUGCGUCGCGCGAGCGGUCGGGCACAAGAUUUAGGACGGCCAAGCGCGCGCCAAUACGUGUCCUUUUUGUUUCCCACACUGGGGGGGGGUCUCCGAUCCAGAACGUCAGUGUGGACUGUCAAAAACCGAACGCACUCAAGAUUCGUUUGGGCGCGCCUACUACGUACCCGCGCCCCCCGUUGACAAAAGUAUCUUUAUUCGCGCUCUUUCAUGUCGACUGCUGCGGGCAUCAACCGACAUCACACAGUAGACCCGCCCGCCCAUCGCAGUACACUGCGACUUUUGUGAAUAAAGAUACCGGUGAAUAUAAACGUAAAACCGCCGUGGAACUGCGCCUCUUUGUCGCCUUUGUGGUGGUGGAAAAGUGAGAAAUCAUCCCCAGGACCCAAGAAA